AUGCCGCGCCUGAGAGGGACGAGAUACCUGAGUUGCUUCUACUGCGGCAAGAGGUCCAACACCAAAUAUGAUGGCGUCACGAGCCAGUUUCUCUGCCUAUUCUGCGAUGCGACCAACUACCUCGAUGAAAAUGGAGAGAUUACGGAUCCUCCAGUAGCCACCGAGCGUGAAGCUCCCGCAACACAAUACGCAGUACCACGACAGUCGCCUCCCUCAUCACCGAGGGAUAGUAUCUUUUGCUCGACAUGCCUCAAGAAUCAGCGUCUAUUUACGUCCUCACUCGCCCAAUAUCUCCCCGACGACCCGAACCAUCCCGAUUACCCUGAACUCGAGCGAAAUUACUACCGAUACCGAAAGGGGUUGGAGGAGCGAUACCCUCAGGUCUGCGAUGAAUGCGCCGAGCGGGUAGAGGGUCAGAUUCGUCGGGCGGGAUACACUGCCAAGACGGAUCAUCUACGACGGAUGAUGGAGAAGAGUCGAGGGAGAAGGACUGAUCCAGGGAGGAAUACUGCGUUGGACUGGGCCAACAGCUUGGGGAGGGGACUGUGGUGGGGAGGACUGGCGAUGCAGAUGCUCUGGCACAUCAAGACGUUGUCAUUUGUGUUGGAGCAUCCAGAUGAGGGGAUGUAUGACCCAGACGACAAGAGCUGGCCGACCAUGGCAGUGGCUGCUCUAUCAUGGGCUGUUGCAUUUCUCCCACCAGCCGACACUUUGAUCAGCGGGGCGGUUACGGCGAGCAUACUAUCUGCGUGGUGGAACCCCCAGUUUGUGCAGUGGUAUUCCUUCCAAGGGCUGAUCAUCUUCUUCCGCAUCUUGUUCCGCCGGGUGCUCGAGAUGAAUGGAGGCAGGGGACAGUCGAGGAGUGCUCAGUUGAGCGCUCAUCUUGUCAUGUCGAUUGUCAUGAUUAUGAUCUACUCUUUUGCAAGGAGGUCCAUCAAAGUUGAUACCACACCCCUUUUUGGUAACUCCAGUGCCACCAUUUCACCGAAACCCAAGAUCACGAGGAGGAAGAAGGAGGAAUCAAAAACAUUUUCUGAGUUGCUGAACGAGGCACUGGACUCACCAACUCCUGCGCCUCAGCAGCGAGAUCUAUUCAGUCAACCACUUGUUAAUCCACUACCACGGCCAUACCCUCCUAGCAACCCCGUGAGGAUCCCAGAGAGCCCUCAUGCUCAAUUCAACAGCCUCAACCUCUCUCCACAGAGGACUCAGGCGGUGCAGUACUCGGAUGAGAUGGACUGGACUCCUACCGAGUCUCCAGCUCCGUCACAACACCGAGCCUUUCGCGAGGCGCCUCUAUCCAACGGCCCGAGACCGGCUUUUGGAGAAUCGCCCGUCGGCAAUGAGCAGAGCCCUUUUUGGUACAAAGUUCCCGCGGCACCGACGACUCCAUCCCAACGACUACGGAACCCACCCAAUGCGCCUGUUUUGAGGGGUAAGCCUGUCGAGCAGGAGAGCAUCUUUUUUCGGGGUGCGGCCAAGGCUCAAGCACAGCAGCAGCAGGAGGAUGAGGAAGUUUCUUUUAAGCCGCCGAGUUUCUUUGCGCCUCAGAAGACCAAUGAUGCGGCCAAUAGCUUGGCUGACAUGUUGAGUCAGAGCUUCAGCUUGAGCCAGGAGAGUCAGCCGGCUGAUGCCUCGGCACGACGACCAUCUAGGUGGACUGAAGAAAAGCCUGCUGUAGCUAUACAGCCUAAAAUGGACAAGCUGGGCGUCGAGUUUAUGGCUCUCGCUGCGCUGCUUGUCGUGUGGGGACUCGCCUUAGCUAUCCACACCCCGUUCCGUCGAGAGGUGCAACUGGCAUUGCUUUCUGCAGCUGGGACAAUCGCACUGCGGGUGACGGGCGAAGCUAGUAAGGAGACAAAGGAAGAGAAAGGCCCAAGCACAGCAACAUACGUGGGUUCUGUGUUGAGCGUCAUGGAGCUAGCAGCUGUCUGCUGGCUUGGGUGGGAGGUCUGGCAGGGAACUACAGAUGCCGGCAAGUAUGGCAUCGGUGUCUUGACAGUUAUGCUCGGACAUCAGGUUUGGAGCAGCGUGGUUUGA